AUGCCCCCCGUGGGCAGUGACGAUGUGAGACAGGCUCACGUCUUUGCGGGAUACGCGGGCCCGGGCUCAUACCCUGUCGGCCCUCAAGGCGGGUCGAUGUCUCAUAUGGCUCCCCGGACCAGCGGGCCCAUACCGGCGAGGAGCCACGGUCGCGUUGACGAUGCCGGGGACGGUCUGUUUCCCGACAUUCCCGAGGCCAAGAGGCGCAAGUUCAUCCUGGUUGAAGACAAUGUUCGGGGAUCACGCCUUCGGGUGCGUGUCACGCUCGACGGCGUUGAUACCAAUGAGAUCCCGGACAGCUUCCGCAAGGGAGCCAGUGUCUUUCCCCGAAGCUACUUCCCUCGCGAGAUGCAGAGCCCGCCUCCCAGUGCUACGGGCUCGCGGUUCUUUGUUGACGACUAUUCUGAUGACGGCACACAAGAGACUGAGGGCCGCGAGGCCUCACGUCGUGGCGCCGAAAAGCUGAGGGGAGAAGUGGUCAAGGUUACCAUGGCAGAGGGCCAAGAGGGAGAGGCAACUAUCCCAAGACUGAGGAAGUCUGGCCGCACCAAGGAGGUGCGACUGAAUGAUCUCGGUUAUCGUAUGGCCUGGCUGCAGAGCCGAGUCUUUUCUGGAAGGACUGUGUUCCUUCAGCGAGCCCUUGACUGCUACCGAAACAAAACCCGUGCGGCCAUUGAGAGUACCAUGGCUGACGUCCACGCCGUUGCACCUCAUUUCGAGACAAGGCCAGGGAAACGGCGAUGGGCCGGCCGAAUGAAGCGUGGGGCGAAGAACGACGAUUAA